AGGUGCUGCUGCUCCUGGAGCUGCUGGAGGUGCUGCGGGUGCUGGUACUACUGCUGCUGGAGCUGCUGGGGGUACUGCUGGAGCUUCUGGUGGUGCAGCUGGUGCUGGAGCUGCUGGAGCUGCUGGAGGUACUGCUAGAGCUGCUGGCGGUGCUGCUGGUACUGGAGCUGCUGCUGGUGCUGGAGCUGUUGGAGCUGCUGGAGGUGCUGCUGGUGCUGGAGCUGCCGGAGUUGCUGGCGGAGCUGCUGGGACUGGAGACCCUGGGGCUGAGGGUACCGGUCCUGUCUCUGCUGUCUCUGGAGGCACUGCGCGGCCGCGGCCGUACUACGUUCCGCUCCUUCAGCAGGUUCUUGGCUCCCCGCCUUCUCGUGGUCCUCCUCCUCCUUCCCUGAGUCCACCGCCUGUCCCGUCCCAGUCGCAGUUACAGCCGGCCUCUCCACUGCCUGGUCCUUCUCCUUACUCUGGACCGACUAGAGGUCUUACGGAGCUUCGUGAGCCUGAGUCACGUCCUGUGUCACGUGAGUCUCGUUCUGCGUCGCCUGUCCGUUCUGUUUGCGCUGGUCGUAUUUCGCGUCCGCGUCCUCCUCCUGUCCCUGGCACUCACUCUAUGACUCUGCUACCUUCCACUGAUCCACAGCGUGUCCCUCUGCCGUCUCCUACUGCGUCCUCUCUUCCUGCCGGUCCGGACCCUGCGUCUGACUCCCUACGUGCUGCUAGUCCAGCUGUCACGCGUUUUCUGGCCACUGCUGUCACUGACCCUUUGUUUGAGUCCACUGCUGCGUCUGCUCUUGUUACUGAGCUUGUUGACUUUGCUGCAGCCUGUCGCCUAGACUACGCCACUAGUCUUGUUGCUGAGUUUGCGUCUGCGUCUGUCUGUCCUUCGUCCGUCGGGGGUGAGUGGGCUCUUGGCACAGACGUUCUUGAGGACAGACAGGAGAAGUUUGAGUGCUUUGCCGCUUCUGUACCUCAUCUCGUGUCCAUGCUGAUUGCCCCUGAGGGAGACCCGGAUGCACCAGACAUCCCGACCCCGCGCUCUUACGCAGAGGCGAUAGAGGGUCCCUACUCCUCUCAGUGGCAGGCAGCCAUGGACGCCGAGAUGGCUUCCUGGAAGUCCACAGGCACCUACGUCGACGAGGUUCCCCCGCCUGGGGCGAACAUCGUCAGUGGCAUGUGGAUCUUCAGGGUGAAGCGGCCGCCGGGUUCUCCGCCUGUCUUCAAGGCGCGUUACGUUGCACCUGCUCAGCGUGACUACGAGCUCCACUCGCUUGACUUCAGCACAGCCUUCCUACAGGGCAGCCUGCACGAGGAGUUCUGGCUGCGCCGCCCACCUGGCUUCACUGGGUCGUUUCCAGCUGACGACCUCCUCUUUGCUACUGCUGACACUGAGGCACUCGCCCACGUGAAGUCCGAGCUGCAGAAGAGACACACGUGCACAGACCUGGGUCACUCGCUCUCAGCUCCACCUUCGGACGAGUCCGUAGAGCCGAGUGGCCCAUGCGGACUCACGGCGAUCGCCGAAGCUGAGCGACACGCGCCACCUGAGGAGGGAAUGUUGACUAUGGAUCUUGAGAUCGCGACGCGCAACAUCUACAGCACGGAGAAACAUCCCCUCACCGGACCCGCAUCCCGCCAUCUCCAAGGAAUCUUGCGCGGCACAACUGUCGGCACCUUCGACGCGGAAGGAACUUCGCGCCCCUACACGAAGGAAGCGUUUCUGAAGGUUUACCCCCACUGGCGCGACCCCGACCCCAAGAAGAAACUCAUGAUCGUGCAAGAAGAGGAGCUGGCGCGCCGCGAAGCGGAGCAGCUCCGCCAGCCGAGCCUUGCCUGGAGCGGAUGGGGCGCUGAAGAGGAAAGCGCCUCCAAUGAAGGGGGGUGGGGGAGCGCUAGCGGAUGGGGGGCUAGCGACACCGGCGGGUGGGGCGCUGCAACUGGAGGCACACUGGUGGAACCUGGGCAGACGCAGGCGGCGGAUGGGGCACCACGAGGAAGCCACCCCGGAUCCACAGCAAGCCAAACAAGCAACGCCCUCUCGACAGAGCGUGGGCAGCCAGCUCGACCAGGCGUUCUUCGACGCGGUGGUGUGGCCGUGGUGCAAUUGCGAGACCGUGCGGAAGGCGUGGUCAUACUGGGACGGGGCAAGCCCACUGAACAACGGGCAUAG